AUGGCUUCAGAUCCGGCGAAUACGCAACAGCUCCAUCAAUUCCUUUCCUCCGUGCUCUCCCAACGUGGUCCCUCCGCUCUUCCGUACGCCGAGAACACCAAGUGGCUGAUCCGGCAACACCUCCUUAACCUAGUCUCUUCAUACUCUUCCCUCGAGCCCAAAACGGCGACGUUUACUCACAACGACGGUCGCUCCGUGAUCCUCCUCCAAGCCGACGGUACAAUCCCGAUGCCUUUCCAAGGCGUAAGCUACAACAUCCCCGUCGUGAUCUGGCUCCUCGAAUCUUACCCUCGUCAUCCUCCUUGCGUCUACGUUAACCCAACUCGCGACAUGAUCAUCAAACGACCUCACUCCAAUGUCUCUCCUUCUGGACUCGUCUCGCUCUCUUAUCUCACUGAUUGGGUUUACCCUAGCUCCAAUCUCGUCGAUCUCGCUGCUCAGCUAAGCGCCGCGUUUUCUCGUGAUCCUCCGCUUUACUCUCAGCGCCGUCCUCAGCCUCCGUCUCCUUCAAUCGGAUCUGGUUAUCAGCCACCGUCGAGGACUUAUCCUCCUCAUCAUCACCACCAGCAACAGACGGAUGAUGCGGCGGAGGUUUACAAGAGGAAUGCUAUCAAUAAAUUGGUGGAUAUGUUACACGGCGAUCUCGUCUUGAUGAGGAGUGGUAGAGAAGCAGAGGCGGAAGAAUUACUGAGCUUACAGGGUAGUCUCAAGAGGAGAGAGGAAGAGAUCAACAGGGGACUGGAGGAGAUGGUGGAGGAGAAAGAGAGACUAGAGCAGCAAUUACAGGUUAUCUCCAUGAAUACUGAUUUUCUUGAUUCAUGGAUUAGGGAGAACAAAGGGAAAGCUAAGAAUUUGGUAGUAGAUUUGGACAUAGAUAAUGCGUUUGAAUGCAUUGAGACACUAUCCAAACAGAUGUUAGAUUGCACUGCAUUGGAUUUAGCCAUUGAAGAUGUUGUUUAUUCCAUGGAUAAAUCGUUUCGGGAAGGGUCGUUACCGUUUGAUCAGUAUUUGAGGAAUGUGAGGUUGUUGUCGAGGGAGCAGUUCUUCUACCGAGCUACGGCUGCGAAAGUUAGUUCGAUGCAAAUGGAAGCUCAGGUUGCUUCGAUUGCGGCUAGGUUGCAUUCGUGA